UCCAAGUUUUCCUUAAUAUUAAGGUUAUAAUUGCCCGAAUGAACGGUUCCCAUCCGAAGGACUAGCAGAGAAGAUCUAAAUAUUUCUUCAAACACUUCAUGCCCAGCACUGAUGUUGGUUCUGUUGUCGGUCAGCAUGUAGCACUUCGUCAAGUCCACAACAAUACUAGGAUGGUACCAACAACUCCAACGUUUGGACUCAAAGCAGAUAUGAAGAUUGACAAUCCAUAUAUAUUAAUGAAUCAACUAAGCGCAAGUGUGUUGUGGAUUGAAGGUGGACCUCCAGAGACUUCUAGCGCAGUACAAGCUGGAUGGGUGGCGGCGCCUGCGCUUUUCCCAGACACCGAUACUCAUUUGUUUACGUUUUGGAGAGAUGGACCAACAAAAGGUGGCUUUAAUACGGAUGGAGGGGGGUUUGUGCAAGUUGAUUCUUAUGUGAGCGUUGGUGUCACUUUGGAGGCGUCCAAGUACGGUGCAGAAAUCGUAAAAGCAGCUACUUUUUUUAUUCACCAGGACAUGAAAACUGAGAACUGGUGGUUGAGUUUGACUGGAACAGAACCACACGAUAUUGGUUACUGGCCAGUUGAGAUGGUUCCAAAUCUGAGGCAUGGAGCUAACUAUUUUUCUUGGGGAGGCAUAGUGAGAUUUCUUGAAAACGCGAGUGUCCCACAAAUGGGGACUGGUCAAUUCCCAGAUGGUGAAAAUUCUGAUGCAUCCAAGGUUUCUGCAAUGUGGAAGCUUCAGUUCGUCGACCAGAGUAACGUGUUGAAGGAGCCAGAAGACAUUAGCCUGUUUAAAACUGCUGUUGACAACCGCCACUGCUGCGACUUAAAAUUCAAUGAACACUACAGGACUGACUUGGGUUAUAGAUUGUUCUUUGGUGGACCAGGAGGAAAUUGCUAGAUUUUAAUUGUAUUGUUAUUCUG